GCUAUAAAAGCACGGCCAUGGAUGAAGUUGUCUCCUCUUAUUAACUACUGCAAGUCAUCGUCUGGUCUCUAAUUUCUGCAACAAAGGCUUCCUGCCACUCUCCGUCCGCCAUGGCCGCCCAUGCACUCUGCGUCUUCUCCCCUUCCUCUUCCCUUGCUUCGGCGCCCUCUCCCCGGCAUAAGCCAACCUCUGGGUUUCUGGGGUUCAGGAACUUGGGUUUCGUGAAGAGCGCGAACUUCAGAGUCAUCCGCGGCCCGGCCUCAGGGUACAGAACCAAAUGCUGGUUCAAUCUCGGCACCGACGCCGAGGGCGCCGGCAUCUAUGCCAGCCAGAAACGCAACGAUUACACCGCCGACGAUGUUGAUCAGUAUUAUAACUACAUGGGAAUGCUCGCAGUUGAGGGCACAUAUGAUAAAUUGGAAGCUCUUCUUCAACAAAACAUUCAUCCUGUUGAUAUUCUGUUGAUGAUGGCAGCCUCAGAGGGCGACAAGCCCAAGAUUGAGGAGCUUCUUCGAGCUGGUGCAAGCUACACCGUAAAGAAUGCUGAUGGAAAGACAGCCCUAGAUCUAGCAGUUGAUGAGGAAAUCAGAGAACUGAUUCUUGGGUUUUCUACUGUUCAGGCAUCAUGAUUGCAAAAAUCAAGCCGUUGGGGUUGUAGGCUGCGUGCAACUGUCUGUAUUUUUUCGCAUUUUAUUGCCUUCUUUUCCUGAAUUUUUGUUUCUUUAUGUUCCAAGCAUAACAAGUUGAAGGGAAAUUUUGAAUGCGAAGUUAGAGAUGAAA